CAUAUCUAGCUGGCCGUCUUGUCAGUGUUCUACAAAAGGAACAGUCGGGUCUCGGAAUUACAGAUGAAGACCGCCUGUGUGUCCAAAUUGCUGCUCUGUGCUAUAAUUUGGGGCAUGGUCCAUUCUCUCAUGUGUUUGAGGACAAGUUCAACAAAGACCAGUGGAGGCAUGAGGAUGCCUCGGUUCAGAUGCUUCAGUAUAUUGUGAAUAACAAUGGUCUGAUAGAGCAGAUGAGAAUAAAUAAACUGAAUCCAGAUGAAGACCUUCCCUUUAUUAAGGAAUUAAUCAAGGGGGUGCAGGCUUCAGAGAGUCAGCAUGAAGAGAGAUCCACAAACAAACCUUUCCUGUAUGAGAUUGUGGUAAAUCAAUUGAAUGGUGUUGAUGUCCGCAAGUGGGACUAUAUUGCACGAGACUGUCAUAUGCUUGGCAUUCCAAAGAACUUUGACUAUGAACGCCUGCUUGAGUUUGUACGAGUGUGUGACGUGAACAGAGGUGAAGAGAACAGGGAACAACACAUCUGCUUCAGAGACAAGGUGGCAGAUAAUGUUUAUGACAUGUUUCACACCCGAUACACACUGCAUCGUAAGGCCUACAAGCACAAGAUAUGCUAUAUCAUUGAAGAAAAGAUUGCAGAGGCCUUGAGGGCUGCUCAAAGGUUUCCAGACUUACUUGUAAAUGUGGAAAACUUAGACAUUGAACACUACACCAAACUCACAGAUCACAUCUUUAACAAAAUCCUGCAUUCUCCUGAACCUGACUUGAAUGAGGCUCGAGGCAUCCUAGAGGACAUUGUCCACAGGCGUCUGCCAAAGUUUGUGGGAGAGGCCCGACUGAAGGAACCGGCUCAAUGGACUCAGAAUCAUGUGAAGGACAGCUGGAGAGACAUGUGCAGGAACAACAACCUGAAUGCACAGCACUUCCAAAUUUAUGAUCUUAAGAUGGGUUUUGGGAAAGGAGGAAACCCCCUUGACAACGUCUAUUUCUACAACAAGAGGGACCUGAACACAGCCUUCAGUAUUCAGUCGUAUCAGGUGUCCAGUCUGAAGCCAGUAAAGAUUUGUGAGAGGCUUGUGAGAGUUUACUGUACAGACAUGGAUCAGAGGGUUCAGAGGAAAGCCGAGCAACACUUUCAUAAAUGGUGCACAAACAAUAAAGGCACCUUCAUUGACUUCGGGCCUGUUUUAGAUGAUGAUGACUCAGGAGAAGGAGCAUAUUGAACCACCAAGAAAUGCUGAAAACAGAACAUAAGAGUCACCAAACGAUUCUUUUAUCUGCUCUUAAAAGCAUAUAGAUUGUGUGAGUCUAAACAAAAUAUCUAGGGCAACUAUAUAUCUAGCUAGAGGGUGAUUUACUAUAUCUAAAUUACAGUUCAGUUUUGGGUUUUGUGCUUUUUGUGGUUUUGCAUGGGACCAAUCAAAUGGAUUCAGACUAUUUAUGUGAUUUACAUAACAUUAAGACAAUAUUAAAGUAAAGUGAAAUUGUGAAGUAGCAGCUUUUCUCUCUCUCUCUCUCUCCCUCUCUCUCUAUAUAUAUCUUGGGGUUUUAAAAUGGGUUUUAUCAUUACAUUAGUUUAAUUUAUCAUCAUUGCAAUGUGUGUAAUCAAAUAAUAAUAUGAAAAUAUAAUUUUAAAAGUUUUACAAAAUUAUUUGUAUCUUUUUUUUAAAUGUGGACCUUCAUUGAGACAUUACAAUUUUGGAUGGUUUUACAUUGCUUCAUUAAUAAAACUUACAUUUUAUUCCAA